AUGGCGUUUGCGGGGACAAAUAUUAGUUUGUCCCAGCCGGAUAUCACGCAGAAACUAACGGAGCGCAUAGAUGACCUGAAGCAAAAAAUCGCUGCUUGGGGGAAGCGGAUUCGGCGAUUUAGCGAGAGGUCAAGGCAGUUCAACCAGAAUUGUCUCUUCCAGAGUGAUCAGAAGAGGCUCUAUAAAUCAUUGGAGCGACCAGAGGUAUGUGGAGCGGGCCCAGGACAGGAUCAGGCUGACACUGUCGCAUUUUGGCGUGGCCUGUGGUCAGAGCCCGUAAACCACAGCGAGGGCCCUUGGAUGGAAGUUGUGGCGAGCCAGAGUGCAAGUGUUACGCCUAUGGACUCCGUCACCAUAACGCCUGAAGACGUGGCUGAGGUGGUCCGUAGGGCCCCGAACUGGAAAAGUCCGGGGCUCGACGGGCUGCAUCAUUACUGGCUCAAGGGGUUCGUAGUGUGUCACGCUGUGCUCGCCCGACAGUUUCAAGAGGCUCUCGAUCAGAAGUCGCUCCCGAGCCUCUUCACUACUGGGAUCACUCACUUGGUUCCUAAAGAUCAGGAUACCACAGACCCGAGCAAAUACCGCCCCAUCACGUGUAACGCAUGCAAGGAGCGAUGGACCAGAAUUAGAGAUAACCAUAGGAAGGCUUUGAAUUUGCGCAAGACAAAAAGCGGUCAAGCAGCAUCAAAUAUAAAAACUCCUAAAUUCUCACAAGAACUUUCUUUUCUAACACCGUAUCUAAACGAUGAGGAAGAACGGCGUUCAAACCUAUCACCUAGAAGUGCCAACAAUAACGAAGAAACACAACUUGAGUCACUGAAUGAAUUAGGUUAUCCAGAUAAAAAUGUAUCAAGCGAUGCACAAAGUGAACAUUCCACGCAAUCCUUGGGAUCAUCACGAAUUAUCCGUAAGAAAUCGAGCUUCGCAACUUCACAAGCUUCACAAGCCCCAACUGCAGCUAGCGUUCUACAAGAUUACUUAACAAGGACGGCCGAAACCAGAAACCAGAGCCAUCCUCUUCUCGAUUUUUUCAUAAAUAUGGCAAAAACAGUAAAGACUUUUUCUUUACAAGACCAAGUUAACAUUAAAGCUCAAUUAUUUAAAAUGGUUAACAACGUAGAGAAGAGGCUUGCGACUACUUCAAUAGAUCGUGUUUCUGACCCUUCGACAUCUAACGUGAGAAUAGUUUCAAAUGUAAUGCUCAGUCCGGCACCGACUGGUUCGAAUUCAAUUUCAAUCGGAUUCUUCAAAUACAACGAUGUUUGCUGCACCUGCUAUGAAUGA